UCAGGGCGUCAGAUCCGACAUGCUUGGCAGCCUCCCCCGCAUGCAAAGUUUAAACCCAUUCUAUAACGAGGUUCGCCCUAAUACGUAUGACCUCAGGCUUUUCCAUUACACAUUUUAUUCUGUGGUGCAAAUUUCUUCGUCGGAUUAAACAUUCUUAUGAGAGCCGCCUCCCCCACACUUUCUGGCUCUUCUAGGUCUUCUUCGACUCUUUCUGCUCGACUCUUUCCGCUCCUCGUCUGACUUGUUCCUACUUUCCUCUGGCUGACCAUUGACCAUUCUUCCUCCUUCCUCUCGGGCCUUCUGUUCGUUUUCGGGUUCUCUCCUCUCUGGCCCCCUUCUCUUUUUGUUUCUUACCCUUCCCUCUUCCCUCUUCCAAUCUGCCACCUGAUCGGCCACCGGUCCGGCCGCUUAGAGGUGGGAGAGAGAGAGAGCCAGACAAAAAUUGGACUAUAUACUAGUCCCUCCUGCGGUCGUUUCUUCCCCUCCCCGCCCCCGGUUAUAAUCCCACCCCAACCCUCGUUUCCCUUCCCUCCGUCAUCAUUUCCAUACUACCGCGCCUGGCUUACCGGUGCCAUCCACCCCCGUUCUGGGCCCAUGUUCAAUGUUGUCCAUGCAGAACUCUCUGUAUUUUGCGCGCCCAGAUUUCAACGGGUCGGCUGUACAGGACGAGGCCUGCUCCGGUAACCCUCCGGACAUUUCCAUCCCCACUCUUGCCGACAUCACCCACGCAAACACAUCAGCCCAUCGCAACACCCUGCGAGCCAGCACUUCGAGCACCAGCACCGGCGCCAGCCCCGAUGAUACCUCCACCGAUUCCCCCGACUGGCCUGGCGACUCGGCCGAUCGGUCGCUUGCCGAUUUAGAUGCCUCCUCCAACAAUUAUUACCUGUCGCAUCGGCCAGACUCCUCCUCCUCCUCGGCCUUUCUCGAUGCGACGCCACAGUUUGACAUGGACAACCUACCCAAAGUAGAGGAGUUGGACGACGACAUCUCAAGCAUCAAACCAUCCGAUGUGGGGACGGAGGGGCCCAACGACUCGGCAGCGCCCGUCGCCGUUCCACGGAAACGUGGACGACCACGCAAACACCCGCUUCCCGUACCGGGUGGCCAGGUCAAAGUCACCAAGGGUCGAUCCAAGACCGGUUGUAUAACCUGCCGUCGCAGAAAGAAGAAGUGCGAUGAGACCAAGCCAGCAUGUCUCAACUGUCAGAAGAAUGCGGUCGUCUGCGAGGGAUAUCCCCCCAAGGAAAUCUGGAAGAGUGGCCGUCAGAAGAUGGCUGAUGCGGUUCGCACCCAGUCCCUGACAGCCGUUCCUCGCAACCUGCCUCUCCUCAUCGAUGGUAUCGAAACCGACAUCGAUCGCCGUUUCCUCGAUCAUUUCGUAUACGGAUUCAGCCGCGUCUUGACCCUCGUGAACGAUGACUCGAAUCCCUUCAAGGAAAUCCUUCUGCCGAUGGCGACGCAACAUCGAGGGCUGAUGCAUUCUCUCAUGUGUCUGUCGGGGUCACAUUUAUCUGGUCUCGACCCGGAGCCCAAGUUGAAGGAGCGCAAAUACUUCCACUUCCAUCGUGCGAUUCAGGAUCUCAAGGACAACAUCACCGCGACGUCAUCACAAACGGCAAGCUCUGGCACGAGCACGGACACGGGCACGGAUCAGGAUCAGCAGCUACUUGUCGAAGACCCGAUCAUCGCAUCGACUAUCGCUCUCAGUUUGAAUACGAUCUGCGAAGGCGAGACAAAUGGCGAGUAUCGCCCUCACAUGGAUGCCGCUCGGUACCUGCUACUUUCGCAGCAACCACGCAAUGAGAAGUUCCGCCAGUUCAUCGUCGAAUUCUUCCAGUAUCACGAUAUCUCGAAUGCGCUCACCUCUCUAGACCGUCGCCCGUCUCUUAUGCAGGGUGGCCUGCGUCUACCCGACUUUGUACCCGGUGCCCAAGCCGGCAACUUCCUUGGGGUUUUUGACGGUCUCUUCAACUACAUCUCCGAGAUUACCCAGUUGCGAGACCGGAUCCGUCAGCGUCACAAAGAAGGUUACGAGCCUGCCGUGGAUUACCAAACCCUCAGCGAAGCCGUUCAGAUCGACACGGCGAUUCGAUCAUGGAAGACUUCACACGAGGAGGAAUCUCCAAACUGGUACCUAGCUCAACUAUAUCGCCAAUCGACAUGGGUCUACCUCUACCGAACGAUCCGACCCUCCCGACCGAGCGAUAAGAUUUCCCAAGUCGUCAACGACGGUCUAGGCUAUCUGGAUCAGCUACCCCAAGAUGCGGGCGCCUAUAGCAUCGUCCUGAUGCCGCUCUUCUUGCUGGGAUGUUCAGCCUUUGUGCCGCAUCAGCGCGAGCGGAUUCAACGCGGCUUCGAUACUCUUAAAUCCUAUUCAAACCUCCGCAACAUCGAACCUGCCUUCAAGGUUGUUUCACGAGUGUGGGAGGUUAUGGAUACCACAAUCGAGGACAGUUGGGACUGGGAGAAGAUCAUCAGUGACAUGAACAUGGACUUCUUGAUCACUUAAGAUCUUUUCUCGAGGUCUCCUUGCCUCCAACCUAUACCCGAUCAUACCUCUAUGCCCUUGAUGUUGAUACCCUCUACUCACGUUCUUCUUGGUUACGGUUUUACCUGUUCAUAAUUAUCACAUUUGGACUCUUAUGUCCUGGUCGGCUUAUGUGAAUUCUUGGACUCUUAAGCAUAACGGUUUUUUUUCUUUGGAGGUUGUACUAUGAUGUGUGGCGUUUGUUUCCGUUCUAUUGAUAUCUCUUGUUUCUGUUCUAUACGAACCAUGCAUCUGCAUUUGGGAAAGGCGGAGGUCCCGACUGUUUUUCUGACUUUUCUUUUCUCAUCUGUCCUUCCGUCCUCAUGGCUGAAGAAUUGCAACCCGUGCGUUGACCCCGCAGGGAAGGGGGUAAAUGUGGGAGGGAGUGCAUAAUACGAGGGAGAGAUGCACGCAGAAAAAAGGAUAACCCGUCAAGCAGUCUUCACCGCUUGAUCUGAACUUCCCUUUCUCUUCUCAUCUUUGCCCCUUUCUGUGGAGGGAACCGUGUACAUUGUUUCAGUACAUUUCCCCCGCUAUCUGUUUCAGGGGCGGGGGAACAAACACGAAGUCAAAAGCAAAAGCCCCCCAAAAAAGCUCUACGGUGUUCUAGUCUUGGAGGAGGUGAAAGUUAGUAUUUAUGAGAUGGUAGCGUCGGACGCUAUGGUCUCGCCAUAACGACCGGGGGCGGUUUUAUGUCCGCCCUGUAUUGGACGAUUGGUGAGAUGAGGUUUCUUGAAUAUGCCCUUUCUGUCACGGUUCUGUGUUGUAUAUACCCUGGUCUUCUGUUGUGUAAGUAUUGCUCGCAAUUGGAAGUUGUGAAUGUCUGUAUACUAUACUUAGGAUGGCAUUGAUUAAUUCAAAAAGGUUAAUUAUGUUCUGCUGUUCGGAUUGAGGG